AUGCAGGCGGAGGACAUGGAGGUACCUAUCAUUAAUAACCUUAUCGAUAACGGCGACAGGCAGAAGCCGAAAGGGAAAGAUGUGUUCAAGGAUCAGCAGAAGGAGUCGGAGGUAAAUCGCAGCGGUGUUCAGUGUACAGUCUGCUGCUGAGGCUUUAUGGUGUAGGGGCGCGCUGGGUGUGUGUGUAUGUAUGUGUGUAUUGUUGCUGGGGAGCUUUCGGACCAGCUGAAUGUCCUCUCCAUGCAUUGAGUCGCUGUCUUGACUCGAGAGCAUACAUGCAUGCAGACAGGCAGGCAGACGGUGAGGUGUUAUUUUGGCAACCGGCUCCUAUAAAUAACCCAGCAGUAAUCCUACAGCGGUGCUCAACGUGCUGAAGGCAGGUGGGGAAAUGUGACUGCUGCUGCUGACAGGACCACACCACCUCUGUAACACACACACAUAUAUGUGUAAAGAAUAAUCAUGGCUCACUGACGGUAAGGGGUUUCACUACUCUGAGGGUAUCCAGCCCUUACUGUGCGAUAUCCCAGCCCCCUUUUGGUUGACUUUGGUUUGUGUCCUUGAAAUAACUGGCAUGUUUCCUCAAAUCAAACCAGUCAAACAGCCUUGAAUGGUGGAGUCAUCCAAUCAUUUGCGAGUAAGAGCAACAAAAUGUCAAGAGUUGUCAUUUUGUUAUCAUAGUAAUUUGGUUUAAUGGACUGACAGAGGCCUCUCAGUACUAUGGACAUAGUUUUUUCAGCUUCAAGCAUGCUGUGAAUUUAAUCUACAAUACACUCAAACACCAAGUAUUGUGGCUUUACACCUAGAUUAUUUUGGCAUUAUUUGCAAAUUUCUUAAGCACCGGUGCCAAUUUGGUGUUUGGGAAAAAGCUUGAAAAUCUUUAGAAGAAGAACCUUGUUGCCUGUAACAUACCUGAAUAAGUGAAAUUAUUCAUUUGUUCAAACCGGCUACCCAAGCCCCCCAAAAAAAAUAUCACAACAUGAAGAAAAGCAGUAAAUCGGCACAGUUGUCAACAGGGAAUCAGGAUUAGUUUGACAUUUCUGCCCAAAAUCUUGAUUGGAAAGAGUUCAAGGUUACCAAAGCAGUGGCUGAUUUAUUGUCUAUUUAUCAAUGUUGAUUAAUGAUUCAGUUAUUUGUCAGUAAAUGGUCAAGGUUUUCUUUUAAUGGUAGUUUUUGACUUAUAUCCUCUGAUACAGAUCUAUGCACUUCCUAUUGCAAGAACUCAGAGCUUGCUUACAAACAGAUUUUACAUAAUCCACCCUCUGAAGUGUGGACCAGUGAGUUUUUUUUUCUACACAGCAGCGGUCCUUUCAGUCAGAUGGCUCUCCUCGUACAGCCGUGCAGCUUUAAUUCAUCCACUCAUGAAAAAAAUGAGAGGAAGAUGUGUUUUCAUUCCUGGGUUGCUCGGCUUCAGAGUUAGGUGGUCUAAGCUGUCAUCCAGGCACAAAUCCAGUCAAUAACAUGUGAGGGUUUGGUAUGAACACGUUGAAUGGCCUCAGAGUAAUUGGAGCAUAUUCAUUCUCACGCCCUUUGAUUCUGGGACGAGGGGUCGUUGAUGGUCUUGGGGGUGGGGGUGUGACUGAGGGAGACAUUGAAAGCACUUAACAUCAGAGACGUGUUUAUGUUGACGCCCCCCAGCCUCUGCACUAGCACCAGGCUAGUCUGUCUGCUUAGUUAACCUCAUAUGUGAGUCAGCCAUGAACAUAAAUUGCCGUUUGUGUUGCGGCCAUCUCUUGUCUAUGUGGCAUAUGUCGGUUGGAGUGGGGGUGGCCUGCCUUGACUUAGUGCCCGGUGUUUGCACACUGAGGAAAGCUGUGCCAGUGUGGAGCGAGGACGGCUCUCGUUAUCAGCUGGCAGCAGGGAGAGGGGGGGGAGACCGGAGGGAGGGCGGUGAGGGUGGCAGGACUGGGUGAGAAAAUGAUGGAGAGGGAGCAGGAGAGGCAGAGAGUGAGACGGGCAAAGGCAGGAGAGAGUGUGCUUUAGCUGACAGGAAUUUAAGAAACAUGACAGUGUGUGAUGUAAAGAGCUGUCACUUCAGUCUCAGUGACAAGUUGCACCCCCGCUUUGACAGUAGGCUCCUCACCAGAUGGAUAGAGCAUCAAUUAAGGCUCAUUCAUUUGCAGCAGCUUUUAUAACAGUCUGAUUAAUCACUUUAAAACCAUGUAAACCAUUGCAGAGAUAUUCAUUAGUUUUAGCCCUGUUCUCCAGUGUGUUUUCUAACUUUUAUAUCAUUACUUCUUAUUUAUUAAUGAUUAGUCAAUAUGUAAGUUAAUGGAAAACAUAGAUUUGACUGCUGUGGACAGUAAACAUCCUAUCAGUUGGUCUCAGACAAAACAGAUAUGACAUUUUCUGAACUGUAGGGAUCAGAUAUAUUUUUCAGUUAGAUUUUUUUUUACUUUUGGUUCGAUUUAUUUUGGAUCCACCAUUAGUUACAACAAUAUAUGUAGUAAUUAUUCUUCCUGGGGUCCUUUUAAAUAGUCACACGUGUAAUGUCUUUGGGUUCUGAUGUGUUUGUAGUUUAAAGUGACUCCAGAUUUGGAGCUAUUACCUUAUCACCUUUGACACUUACUUACGACCAGUCAACCAAUCCUAAAGCAGGAAUUAUGGCUGAUCAACAAAAUAGUAUUAGCUCAAAUCGUCAUUGUUACGCAACUUGGCAAUAUUUAAUUUUAAAGUUAAAAAAAGGACUCUUUAAGGAUUUUAGCUUUAGUUAGAAAAGCUCAAAAUUAGUCCCAAAAAUCCCUCUGUAGUUUUUAACUAAAAUGACUAAUAUGGUGAUAAUUACUUUAAGGAAAUGAUAUAGAAAUGAUCAUAAAUGUUCACCCCGCUGUAGUCCGUAAUGGACUGGCCCGAGGUCUCGCUACAAACAAGUGGCUGCUGGAAGAGAGUAGGUGAAUUGUGUUUAGUCUCUUUCUCUCAAAGAAAUCAGGCAAAGUUAAAAAGAUGUUUGGUGCCUAGAACUAUGGCUGGGACCCUAUAGGUACUGUUGAUGCAGUUAGGUGCUGUUCUGAGCAUUAUUUGUGGCUAUAGAGUGGCGUUUUAGUUGAGGUUUGUGAUGGCUUCCCAGACCGUUGUGUAUUGCUGUCCUGCAGUCAUUACUCAAGUUGGUAAAACUAGACAAACAAGCAGUCUGCAACAUUCAUCUCUCGAUGGUUUCCCUGCCAUGGUGGUGGCCAUCUUGUACCAGAAUGUUUCUAUAUUAGCACAUAAUGGACCGAUAGGUAAGAGCCGUCCUUUUUUUCGAAGAGGAAAGGAUUGGUUAUUGGUUUGUAUUGAUUGAAGUUGUAGUAAAAAGUAACUGGGUAAAAUCUUGUAAAUCAUUGUGCAUCACAGUAGCUUCUUGUCCUCAAGGGCCACCGUCACUUCUGACAUUUCCCUAAUGUGAGGGGUGAGCAAGAGAGCAUUUCAGUCCGGAAUUCUACUGCUAGAUCUCACUUAAUUUGUCUGUUCAUACACACUGUACCUGUAAGUGGCAAGAAUCCUUUUUUCAUCAUUUCCCACUGUGCAGUCUUCAACAAGCCCUCGUCAGAAGGACCCUUUCAACGUAACCAAAGUAUAAGCACAUAGAAAGCACAUUCAGCCAUCAGCCCACCUGUUCUCUCUUUAUGGGUAUUAACAUUGGUCAUUGAAAAACCUCAAUAGGUCAACCACAAAUAAGCAUGUAUUCACCUUACAUUUUGUUUAAACAUACUGUAUUUUGAAAAUGAGAUUCAAAGUUAACACCGGAGCAUAGCAGUUACUAGCUGUGAUUCAAGUGUUCACUCUAAUGGCCUGCUUGUAUCAAGUAAAUAAUGAUAUGCAUUUUAAUGACACGGCUAAGUGUUAACCCCGUGACUGAACAAACUGAAGUGUCUGACAGUAGGAUGGAUGGGAAAGGGCUGCACAGUGGCAGCAGUGGAGGAUGAAUGUUGGUGUUGGAAGAGCCGCUUGCAGCACAGAUGAUAAAACACAGCAGCCUGUGAUAGCUACCAUGUAUCUGGAGUUCUUCCUUUCAGGAAGGCACAGUGGAGGAAGUCUUGUUGAGCCUGCUGUAAAAAUCCCACAGUGCUGACUUUGAUUUGGCAUUGACUAUAUUUUACCAGGUUUUCAACAAGCUUUCUACUGAAUGAAUUACAUUUUUUACAAGGAAUACACACAUAAUCUAUGGUAUUAUCAAUAAUUUUACAGUUAUUAUUACUGAGAGUAGGGCCACUAAUUAGCUCCUUACAGUUGGAUCAAUAUACAGUAUUGCAGUUAUUUUCACACUGUAAACAUGCUUUUACUAAAAGAUCCUCCAAUACUCUCAUUUCCUCAGUGAACAGUAUGAUAGAAAUGCCUCUGAAGUUGAGUCCAUGAUGAUUCUCUCAGCACCACCUGGUUGCAAAGACCCACUCGCUUCUGUCACGCCCACACUUGAAUGAAGUUUUGUUGAAUCUGAUGUGAUUCUCAUUUCCUGGUUUACGUGCAGUGAUGACAUCAAAUCACAUUUCUUUGCUUGAUGUCAUACACAAACACUCUGCUGACGUCUUGUAUAUUUCAGUCCGCGCUCUCUUGGCUGCAGCAGGUAUUUAUAGCAGAUAGUAACAUGACAGCACAGAGUUGUUUAACCAGGAUAGCUGACUCAGAGCACAUCCUUAUUUACAGCCCUGGCCCCGGGACAGCUUUCACAGGGUUAAACAUGUUUAAGACUCAGAGCUCUGAGAGCUGCCUUGGGGUCCUCUUUUUAAUUCUCAUUAACUUCAAAUGUGAAACUUUAAUCAUCCCUGUGGGCGAAUUUCAUCAGCUCACAGCCCCCAACCUACAAGAUGAAGAUAAAACUGAAAGUCUUCUAUAGUCACAAUGCUAAUUCUGUAGCCACUGCAAAGCUUUAUUUGCCCCAGGUAUGGAUAAUAAACAGGUUAAACUCCAAAUCCUGGUGUUAUGAACCCCCUCUUUCUGCUGUUGCAUACUGAAUCAUGAAGUUGUUAUUGUAGCUCAUUCAUUGCCUCUGUUCUGCCUAUGUCAUAGCACUAAGAUUAUGAGUCAGCAUGACUGCAGUGAUUGAGCAAAAAGCUAAUACAGGCAUGUCCCUAAUAACGACACUUACAUGGUAACAUUCAGACAAUCUUCGCCUCCUUUUUUAGGAUGUAGGGGAGACCGGGGCUUGUUGUCACAUGGGUAAGUUGUCACAUUGCAAUUAUCUCUGCCACAAGAGGGCGCAACUAAAAAGUGGAAUACUAGUUUUAUUCCUUACAUGGUCAGGGGUCAUGUCCUGUCUGAGAAGAAAAGAGCACAUUGAGAUGAUCGCCAAUGAACCAUUUUGCACAACCCAAAGUUUAAAACAAACAAAAAACAACUUAGUAUAUUUUAAAAUAAGCUUCUUCCAGAUAAAAAAUCUGAGCAGUGAUACAUGUGGACUUGUUAGAGGAGAGGUUAAGGCAUCCUGUCAUACCUCAGUCAUUGUUCUGUUUUAAACUAACUUUAAAUCAGAGCUAUAAUUAGCAAACAUGGUAGUUUGGGGCAACAUGUCUCAGUCAUUUUUGGGGUUCGUUGUCACAUGUUUAAAAGGGAUUAAAAUUAACAUCGAGAGUCUGCUUAUCAGCAGUCGUCAUAUUACUACUCUGUAAUUGGCUGAAGAAAUAUUGUCUGGUUGUUUCCAAGCAGGGACAUUGAUAAACUGAAUCAUAAACCAAGUAGAAAGUUUAUACCUGAUGGUGGCCCCAGAUGAAGAGGAACCACUAAAGUAAUGAUUCAACCUGUAGGAAACAUCCAUUACCAAGGUUUAUUUUAUGACAGUAGUGAAGACCAUGAAUUCAUGCUGAUUUAUGGGUAAGUAAUUUAUUAGAUAUUUGUUGUUUGUUGUUGUCAGUAAAAGUGCACUGUAUUUAAAACUUUUCAGCACCUAACUUUGACACCACAAAGCAUGUUUUUUUUAUUUAGAACCAUUUGCAGACAUGUUAAGCUGUAACUUGUUUUUGAAAAGUGCUUUGUAAAUAAAACAAUUAUCAUGAGUAUUUUCCAUAGACUGUAUAUAAGAUGGACAGAGUCUGCCUCCUCGCUGGGUGAAGCCACUCCGAGAACAGCACCCUCUGAUGGUGGGCUGCAGUACAGAUCAUAAAUCCCGCCUCCGCCAGCAACGCUUAUGGGACUGUGGACAAACUUUAGAAAUUUAUUACACAGAACAUAAAUUUUUCUCCCCCCUGCUUGUGAUGUUGACAUGUAGUUAUUGUAAGACUGGUUUGUGCCCAAGUCCUUUUUUCUCUGUACAGCUCCGUUUUUAAAAGUUAUUAGGCGGUUCAUGUUUUCUAUGAUUGACACCUGAUACAGCCUAUGGGCGUUCAGGGAUUGCGUAGCUCUUCCGGGGGGAUACGCUGUUUGAGCCGAGCGUCAUCACAGGGACUCUCGGCGACUGCACGGCAAAAUGCGCACAACGCUACUACACAGCUCUGGUUUCAAGGAAGUGGAGAAAAACCCGGAAUUACCGAGAGCUUUUUGGCUUCAAAUCCGUAUACAGGCGGAAGGUGGAACCACGUUGUCCAUCUUAUAUACAGUCUAUGGUAUUUUCCCUCUGAGCAGUAGACGGCUAUUAGACAUCUAGUUUUUUUUAGACCUAAUUUCAACUGUCUAGAUUCUAUAUAUUUUUAGACAGAAUGUAGACAUUGCACUGUAACUCAUUAUUCGAUAACUAUUUAUUUCAAAAAGCAACUGUGAGUUGCAUAACUGAUCUCCAAGUACUUAACCAAAAUAAUUAUGAUCGCCGUUGAGCAAUAUACAGUGUAGUAUAGAUAUAGCCCAGAUUUAGAUUUGGUCUAAACUUGGUCUAAAUUUAGACGUCUAAAAAACUUUCAUUUUUAGACCUGUGGUAGCCUGAUUUUGGACCAGUCGUCUAGGCUACAUUAAGACGUCUGUUACGUCUCUUUUAGACCAAAAUAUUCUCAGUGGGAUAGCACAUGCAUGUUCCUUUGCCUGCAGCACUCUGAUCUCAAAAAGGACUGAGCUUCAAGGGACUCUGUCUGGUUAAUAGACCUACGUACUGACAAGUACAGCAUCCAUCCCUCCCUUCAAAAAAAGCAAACUAUCACCAUCAUGUAUUAAUCAGUUCCAUAAGCUGAAGAGUAAAUGUAGGCUGUUUAUUUCAUUUGUAAAAAUAUGUUAUUUAGACUUUUUGCCAACCCUUUUGGUUUGCUGUUGUGAAAGGAUCUCUUUUAUUUUUUUAUGACUUUAUUUUAGAAGUUUUACAUUUUUGUAACACAUAGACAUGAACAUACACAUACAAACUAACUAACUUAUUACAAGCACAACUAUACAGUAGCCCCUCACCUACCCACCCCUUUUGACCAAGUGCACACUUUUGACAGCGAUAUAAUCUGUCAGAUUUAGACUACUGUGUUACCAUCAGGCUAAAAAACAUUCAUAUUUUGUGAAUGCUGCACAAAGAAAAGCUGGAUCAUAAAUAUGCAUUAAAUCGCUCGUAGAAUGUGGGUGUGUCUCAUAGCACCUUAAAUUGUGCAGUCUUCCUUAUGUGCAUGUGCUAAUCACAAGACGAGGCUAUAGCCAGAGCCAGGAGAGACCCUUGACUGGAUACAGAGGUUAAUCUGCUCUUAAACAGGGUCUAUGUCAAGACCUGCGACCUCCUUUCCCUCUCUUCAUCCUCACUGCAGUUUAAUCUCAACCUGAGCACCUGAAUGGGCCACUUUGUUACAGACUAUCCCGAGGCUAUUCACUCAGCUUUCAAACAGUAGCUGUGCACAGUGAGCGUGUGUGAUUGUGAGAGGAUGCUCUAGAGGGUCUGAGAGUAAAAAUGUAAAGACUGAUCCUGCUGCCUAGAGAUUCAGCAGCCAAUCAUACGCAGAAAAAACAUGAUGUGGGAAAACUGUGAACGAGCUGAAGCGUGUGUGGGUGGGUGGUGUGUGGAGCUGAAGUGUGUACGUUUGUGACCACACAUGAGUACACAGAAGUGGUAGGUGUAAAAUGUGAGUAGCCGACAGUAUGUUUGAAUAUCUGUUUGUAUAUGGGUGAAAGGACAGCUGUGAUAUGCUUAUUAGUUGAGUGCUUCACUAUAGUGAAGAUACUAUAAAGGUUUUUACUUAUCUUUACAGAGCUCCAUGGAGUCUCCAAACCUGGAGUUUGAGUAUGGGGACACAGACACGCUGACUGCAGAGCUUUCAGGUAAGACUGAUUAUGUAGUAAAACUGUGGGACAUGUCAUCAAAAUAACCAAAUUAACCUUUGCAGUCGGAUUAAUCAUGUUACCGUCUUUUUUAAUGGUACCAGCACUUCAUGGCUGUCUACAUGAUCUCACUUUAAAUCUGGUUUAUCGUGUCUUUGUGCCUACGAAAGGCCUGGUUUGCUGCUUGAAUCUGUCCUCCUUACACUUUCAGUGGCCUUCAUCCUCUUUCCAUGGCAGACUGUGUCAGACUCGCUGCUUUGUGCUCAAGUUAUGUCUAGUUCUUAUGUAUGACACAGGAUUUUAGAGUUCCUACAGGAAAACCAAUGUCUCUGCUCAGUGUUCAGCACACAGUGUGCUCAUGAUGGAGGAGGAAAAACUUAUCUGGAUUCCUCAGGUUCUCUUUUUCAGUGUUUUUCAUAAAAUCACCAUAAUAAGCAAAGAACCAAAUCCUCCAGUCCAGUCCUGACAUGUUGUUCAAACGUAGAGUGUAUUGUGUGACUCGUGUUGUGAGUAAUUUUUAACACAAAGAUUAUACAUUCAAAGCUGCUAGCGUCUGUGUAUUUGGUUAUAGCUCAUGUGUAAGCAGAAGUUUAGUUUAUGAAUGAAUGACAGAAGAAAUUAAUCAUGAUAAAUGUCAUAAAUUGAUAAACAAAAAGAUGGUUCCUCUCCAUGAAUUCGUUUGUCCCUGAGCUAGGUGACGUUCAAGAAAAAAAAAACUGAGUAACAGCAGUGAUUUUAAGUCAUAGUGAGCGUUCUCCUGCUAGAUUACAAACAGCAGCCGAUUUGCCAAGAGUGUUAGUCACAUCGAAGCGAGGAGACAAAAACAGAGAGACAGUCGCAGAGGCUUUCAGUUCCUCAGGGUUUGAGGAGUGACAACUGUUCUCAGGAACAGAAAGAGAUUCAUGGGAGCGUGAGGGAUCACUGAUGUGUGGAUGAAACAGUUCAAAUCACCACUGAUGAGACAGGAGCUCAAAUCUGUCUGCUCUGCUUAGGAAACAGUCGUUUACCUGCUGGACUUCAGGUGUCUGAAUUUAUUCUGUUUAUUUUAAACCAUGUACUGUAUUAUGUUGUUCUCUUGUUAUUCCAUUCUAUUGUAUGCUAACCAUCUAACACUACAUUAGCUGAGAUAUUAUACUCUCACUGUUAUCAACCCAUAACUUUACACUGUAGUGGGUACUGCUCCUGGAUUCAUCUUUUGGUUGUAUUAUGUUCUGCCUUUGAAACAUGACAAAACCUUGAACAAAUAUCCAAAAAUGGGGAGCGAUCAAAUAAAGAAUAAUGAUUUUUUUUUUUCCCUGAAAGGUGUUUUUUAUGAUUAGAAUUAUCAGAAUAUAUGCUGAGUUACAGUCUAUUGUGAUAGUUAAACUCAAAUUUUUGUCACUGUUUUGUGUCCACAGAGCUCUACAGUUACACAGAGGAGCCAGAGUUCGCCCUGAACAGAGACUACUUUGAAGAGGACUUCAGGAGCCAUGGUACUGUUGGUUUUGUGUAUUUGUGUAUGUGUGUAUGAGAAAGAGAGGGAUAGUACUAUAAGGGUAUUAAAUGUAUUUUGAUUGGGUUUUUCCACAUGAGGAUGCAUGCAGGGUUGUUGCUCCCACAGUCAGUGGUGCUCAGAUGAGGUGAUGUGUCUGGUGUGUUUAAAACAGAAAAAAAGAGGUCAGAGAUAGUCACCCUCUACCAGGACCCUGCUUUACUUGGCCGUACCAAACACUAGAGGUCUACAGUAGACUGGAGCUGCAGUUUUUUGUUGCUGCUGUGUAUCACUAAGACCUUGAUGGGUCCUCCAACUGUGAGGCUGCUGUUGAUUGACAGAACAGUACUGAGUCCUUUUGUACAGCUCUGAAAGUCCCCGUCGGCUCCAGCUAAGUGCUUGAUAACAGGCUGUGCACAGGCACCGGGCUGAAGGUUAACUGAACAGAAGGUUUCUUAUGGAACAGAGUGAAUGCUCCAGACAAAAUGUAUUUCAAAGGAAACUGCAGGGCAAUGAUAGAUAUAUAAUGUAAAGGUGUUUUUAUGUUGUAUUAGCUAGUGUUAGAGAGCAAUAUUUACCCAUCAAGAACUCUUGAGCCAAUAUGGAGCCACAAUGUUAUGGCUCGCCUUUCAAUCCUCUCUGGGGCUUCUAUCUGGAGCCAUGAUGCUUUCUGUCAGAGUAAACAAGAACCCAUCAGGGGAUUCUUUAAAGAAAUGUUUUUAUAAUACAAGAAUCUCAUCUUAAACCCAACCUUUAUCCUGAAUUUAGCCCGUAAUAGUAUCCUUCAACAAAAACUUGCAGCUAACUGCAGCAAAUCACAAGUGAAAGUAAAAGAAAAUACAAUUAAAACGCAGAUUAAAACUAAAAUAUAUGAGGAAAAUCGACUUUUCAGCAAUCCUUGAGAAACCCAUUCUUCUGAAAAAGGAUGAACCCUUUUCUUCAAGUGAAAAAAGUUCUCAAUGGAAAGUACUCUUCAACAAUGUUCCUGAGCAGGGACCAGGACUCUUCAGAAGGAACCCUUUAGGGACCCUUAUCUCAGAGAGUGUAGCAGUAGAUGGCUUUGACGCAGAACAAACAGUUUUUGUGGAGCAAGCCUGUAAUCUGCAUCUGCUUGGAGAGAUUUCAACUGGGAAACGUCUUCACUGUCUGGUUCUCAUAUGUGAACACUUUGUUAUUUUUGAAAUGCAGAAACACGAGGAGGAGGUUUUCUGUUCUUCUUUCGAAAGCUGGGUUCAAGCAGUGGUCAAUAGGGAUUUGUAACACAGACAAAGAUCUGUGCAGUUCGGUUGGGGUUAAUCCGAUCUGAACUUAGAGUGCAUUCAGAUCUGCAGCAACACACCUUACACACAAGUUGCACACUUGCUGAGUUAGGUACUUUAAAUUCCAAAAGGAUGAUCACUGUCAUAUUGUUUUCAAGUAUUACAUUGUUGUAAUUUUCCUAAAUGUUACAUUCCAGUGGUAAUCACAAACCCACUCUACCUCCUGAGCCUUUGGGGUGUUUUUCUUCACCUCAUACUAAAACCUUUAAGAAGGAUGUGUUAAACACAGCUCACAUAUGAGCUGCAACACAAAGGAGGGAUGUAUUCAAUGUGCACCUGUUUGAGGAGAGGGUGAAUGGGAACAUCAAAGCUCUGCUCUUUCAAGAAUGAGAAUCCCUACAGGUACAGAAGGAAGGGCCAGCCUUAACCACGUGAUUAACAAAACAGCCUCUCAACAUAAAUUAUAGUCUGAUUAAGUAGAGAUCCUGCAGAAAUACAUGGUUUCUUUACCUGAUAGCAUCUAGUUUAGUGUUCAGUAGGUUUUUGCUCAUGAAUAUUUUCUGACUCCAUUUAAAUUAUUCCAAACUUCUGCCAAUUAAAACACCAGUUGGGUUUAAUUUUUACGAUUUUGUGCAUCAGGUUGCAGCAGAGGUGGUUUGUUUUGAUGACUGUAUAAAACGGUGUAAAAUCUUGCAGAGAAUGAAUUAAAAAACACGAAGGUCUAAAGUCAUUGUAGUACGCAUUACAAUCAAUAGCAGCUCUUUCCAUUUGCUCCACAGCCAUACCAGCUUCAUCCUCUUCAUCUGUCACCUUCUCUCCAAGCCGAGUGGUAAUGAAUAGCAGGAUUAGAUGAGAGCCUCUCUGGCUGCUGUUUUAAAGAGAUAGAGGACAGAGCUGCCUCUUUACAUCACAGCCUUUUCAUUAGUGUGUGUUUGUCUGUGUGUGUGUGUGUCUGCUGCUGUCAGAUGAUGGUUUCCCUCUUUGAAAUAUGUGCUUCACAUGUGUGUAUGUGUGUGUCAAAGCUUCUGACAUUUUGCUUAUUAUUUUUUUUUUCAGCCAUUACACUUUAAUCUCCCAACUGUCUCACUGUGAUUAUGACAAAGUGUCUAAUUUAAGCUCCUCACAGAAAAAAGUAGGCUUUUUGGAGCUGUAAUUACAAAGCGUUUUUUUCUGCCUGCUGUAAGUAGACAGUGCUAGUUAGACAGUCUUCAGUCUGGGCCUCAGUGAUCAUGAUGAUUUUCUGCAGCUUAAUGCCUAUUACUGUCUUUGUGAUAGAGGACUUACACAUGAGAAAAACCACCAGGCAUGUGGAUCUUUUACUGCUGUACUUUCUAGGUCCACUUUGUGUAAAGCGUACAGCUUGUUUCCUCUUUUUGUACGUGCUGUAGCCCCCAUAGUUUGGUUUAUCAUUAUGGUGCCCCCGGCUCUGCUAAUUACCGUAUGCUUCAGCGCUCUGUUGCUCUUAGCUAAUUUUAGAGCUGAUGCAGUGGACUUCAACAUAAAGCAAAAAGGUACCAGUUACUCUCUAUAGGACCUCUCUGCGUAUGUAAGCAUCUGCAGUAUUUCACAUGUGAGGCAUGAAGAGAAGUGCAAAUGCUCUAAAAAGGCAGGUUGUCCCCUAUGAUCAUUUGAAUCCUCAUGAAGUAAUCUGAAAGCUGCAUGGAUAUGUAGGCUAACCACUUGGAAAAGAAGACUGAAAUAUCAGGAGAGAAAUCACUUCAUUGUUUCAAAGUAACACAACAUGUGAUGCAACAGUUCCUGUACCACAAUAGCUACUGUAAGCAUCAGUUUCUCACAUAUUGUGUUGUUUAACACCAGGAAGGAAGCUAGGUCGUUUUUAACAGCUAACGUUAGCAUUAGCUAAUGCUUAUUAAAGAAAAUAAAUGUUUGUCUUGAGGUGUUGCUUUUUUUGUAUCCCUCCCUGAGUUUGAACUUCCUGCCAUUGUCAGACAACUAUAUCAUGAUCAAUGAGUCAGUACAGGACCUUUACAGAAAGACUUAUGGUAACUACAAUUGGCUUCAGAAAUGUGUUAGCUUGUGCUUUAGCCUGCAAGGUAUGCUAAUGCUAGAAAAUGAAAGCAAGUGAAGAGUCAGGAAAAGUCUGGUAAACAAUUUACAAAACGAGGCAUUAUCCUUAGAUAAGUGGAGUAACCUAGAUUUAGCUUAACGUUUACCCCAUUUUCUAAUCUUUUUGGCAAAUAUAGUUGUGUUAUACACAACAGAGGUCCAAGCUGUGCUUGAAAAAGACUUACAACCACUUUUGCUUUUGUGGCUAACAUAAAGAGAAAUAGCAACUUAUAAAAACAUGUCAGUUUCUUGGUCUGGUGUGAACUGCUUUUUGUUGCCUAAGUUUGUAAAUAUUAGUUAUAAUGUUAGCUUAAGAUGUAGAUUCAUUAAUGACUUUGUAACUCUAUAUAUCUAUACUAAGUAUUUCCCCAUUUCUGCUGCUGUGCUGUUGCUUUAAGAUCCACUCCAUAAAGUGAACCAUCUAGCCCAACUUCCCUGUCUGUCUUUGGUAAACACUAUACCAUGCAGACACGUAUUCUUGUGGUUUUCUCUGACUAUUCUAAAGCGAAGGGAAAGUAUACUUUAAAACUGUGUUUCCUAAAAUAACCUGGCACACUGUGUUAUGUCCUCUCUGCAGCUCGAGGCAGGAGGUGGAUUGAGCUGACAGUGGAGGAGCAGAGGGCGUAUGUGAUGAGGUUGCUGGAUGCGUUGGAGGUGACGGACAGAGACAAGAGGCUAAAGGUGGCCAGAGCCAUCCUCUACCUGGCUCAGGGUGCGUAGGCAAAGGAUAUAUCGACCAGCUAAAUGCUUUUUACACAGCAGAAUUUGUACUGUUACAGUAAAGGAAGCACAGGCGCUCUGUCUUUUACACUUUUUAACAAACCAUCACAGUUUCUAAUUGACACAUUUUAUGAUGAAUGCACUUUUAUUGAUGUUACAGCUAUUACAGAGAAUAAAGAUAAAUUGAACUGUUUAAAAGGUAUAAAAUGUAUGUUUUUAUUGUGUAUUCUUCCUACAGGUGUGUUUGAUGAGUGUGAUACAGAGGUGGAUGUGCUCCACUGGUCCAGGCACAAUGUCUUUCUGCUCUACGACAUGGGUAUCUUCACAGCACUGCUGGAGCUGCUCACCAUGGAAAUAGAGUAAGGAGGAAAUACUGACUAAGUUUCAGUUAUUAAAAGCAUUACUGCCUGAACUGAUGGAAAAAAGCGAAUGAAUCAUCAGUUAGGAUGAUAUUAGCUAGGGUGACCAUACGUCCUCUUUUACCUAGACAAGUCCUCUUUUACCUAGACAAGUCCUCUUUUUUAGGGGCUGUCCUGGUUUGUCCGACUUUGUCCAAGGAAGUUUAUAAAAUCCUUCAAAUGUCUGCGGUUUUGUAAAUAAGUUCCGAGUUUGUGUCAUGUGGACUUGCUGAGUUAGGAGCGUGUAAAAGACACUUGAGCUGACCCAAAAAACUCUCAAAAUUAACUUUGUGCGACUUCAUGACACUGCCCCCACGAAGUCGUGUCCUCUUUUUGGAAAGUCAGAAUAUGGUCACCCUAUAUUAGCAGGUGGUAAAGAGAGUCUAAAGCUUGUCUCACUUGUCUUUUAAUGAUAAUUCUAUUAAUUUUAAAAUGGUCCAUUCAAUCAGCUAAAAGUAGUAGUCUCUCAUCUUCUACAGCAGAUGUAUUGUUGUUAGCCUAUCAGACAUGGAGUUUUAACCAAUCAGUCAAGUAUUUAACCCGGCCAAAGGGAAUCAAAAACUACCCCUUCAAACUACAUGCCGACUGUGUCACUCUUGACAUGGUUACUGAAUUUUUGUUCACCUUCUGUUAACAAUUGAGUGUAAAAGAAAUGUACAAAACCCAUGAAAUAGAGAAGAAAAAAGCUUCUCUGUAUGCAGAGAGGUUCUCAGCAGCUCUUUAUAUAAUUUAAAGAUGCAUCUUCUCCUCAAACGAGGGCCUGCAGCAGCUCAGAAAGGGAGGGGGCUGCAGAGAGAAAAAGGCAGUCAUGACAUGGAAAUUUGAAAUAGUCUCAUCUGCAGAAGGGUUUUACUGUAGGGUUGUUGUGUUGCUAAAAGGUCAUGUGUCAAAGCCCUGUGAAAGCCAAAUUUGGCCUAUGCUUAAAAGAUUAAAUUUUCAACUGUGAUCUCUCAGUUUUGAAGCACUGGCCCUUAAACACAUCCACUUAGUCCUUCCAGAAACCUCUAUGCUGUGAGAGGCGCUCCCAUGAGUGUGAGGAGGUCUGCAUGAGAUAAACACAGAGAGCAACAGAGAAACGCAGGAGAACAAAAACCACUAUUUGUGAUCUGCACUUCAAAACCUCCACGGAGGAUACGGUGGAGCAGCAGAUCCUUCAAGUCAUUUAUUUUGCUGCCGGUGCCAGCCUGAGUUGGGAUCCAGCGCUUCUUUGUUGUUAUGUAAGCUGCUCUGAGGCAUGAUGGCACAGUCUGCCCUAUCACCAUGCUGCACGGCAAAGCAGUGUAAACAAGCUAUCACACAAACACACACACAUGGUGCUUUGCAGGUUAUCUGAAAGCAUUAAAAAUGUACUCUAGUAGGAAAGAGACAGUUGUGUUUGUCUUUGUUGUUGAAUAUUUGAUUGCUUGUGUGUGUGCAGGCUGGCUCUUCAAAUGAGAGAAGGUCAUGAUUUACUUUCAUUUUUGCGUUUGCAGUAACAGCCAGGCAUGCAGCAGUGCAGUGAGGAAGCCUGCCAUCUCUCUAGCAGACAGCACAGAGCUCAGGUAAGCAAAAUAACACCUUCAUCGACAUCCUUUCCAUUCACAAACAGAAGGUUACUUCCUUAUUCCUCAGUGUGCUCUUUUCUCCAAUGUUUAUAAUUUUCUAGUUUCCAUUUACUGUCACGGAUCAUUUAUGUUCCACUCAGUUUCAUUCAUUGCCAGUGAAGCUGAAUGACAUUCAUUUUUAACAACACCCUUCUGCACACACAUACACACACCCAAACCUUCACACACGUACACAGAAAGGCUCAUUUGGGUGCCCCUGAAUGUCGCUAAUAAAUAAUUACAGCCCAGAGGAGUGUAUUUGUACCUAACUGCUGCCACUAAAUUGAAAGCCUCUGUAGUAAUUUUGAACAAAAGGAGAGUCUUUGUUGGGUGAAUAAAGCAGCUAAUGAAAAGACGACUAACCGAAUUACAUUGAUUAAAUAUGAAUGUCUGAUGCAUUACCCUGACGGUUCAAAAAAAUCACUUCUUCUCAUACUUGCACAUGCACACACUAAUUGCAUAAAAACAUUCCCUGCUUCUUGCACUUAUGUUUAAUUGUUGCUCAUCAUUUUCUCUGUCAUGUUAUUGUGUCUACCUUUUAGGCCUGUUAUUAGUCUUUAAAGCACCAAUUACAAACAAUUAUAAAGGAUUCCUUCGUUCUUACAAUGAAGCUAAGUCGUGCGUGUAUGGUUUUCUUGCAGAGUACUACUGAGCAUCAUGUACCUGAUGGUGGAGACUAUUAGAGUACAAACAGAGGACGACAGGCCUGAAUGGAAAGCAGCCAGAGAGGCCUUUAAGAAUGAGCUAGGUGUGUGUGAAUAUUACUGAGCAUCUUUACAACCAUCAAAUCAAUCUAACUAGAAUUAUAAAUAAUAACAGUGGAAAGUAGGGUAUGUAAUAACAGCUGCUUCCAUAUGUUCUGUGAUGUGACCUUUAACCCUUUAGGUUCACCUUUGUACAAUGGGGAGCCUUUUGCUCUACUCCUCUUCACCAUGGUGACCAAAUUCUGCAGCAUGAACGCCCCACACUUCCCCAUGAAGAAAGUGCUGCUGCUGCUUUGGAAAACCAUACUAGUGAGUACAACAGAAACAUUCAGCGUUUACAUACAUUUCUUUUUGAUUCUGUGCUGUGUGUGUUUUCGUUGGUAACAUCCUGAUUACUUUUUACUUAAAGGGUAACAAAAAAUGUAUAUAUUUCUACAAAAAAAAAUCGCACAUAUUUCCACCAAAGUCAGGCAGAUUUGGUACUCUAUAUAUGAGACAUAAUGGUCAUUAUACCAGAAAUACUGUAUAUCCAUAUAGUGCUUAUAGGAGACUGUAACAUGCUCUGUUUUAACUUCAUGUCAAUCUUCUUGAGUUUGUCUGCUCCUCUGACCCUUCUCAUGUUGCAAGUCUGCAACAGUGCUGUAAUGCAGCCCCGUCAUGCCUGUGUGCUGUCUUAUCGAUUCACCCACAGUGUGACUUUGGUGCCCCAGUGCAUGAUACAUGAUCACGUUUGCAUCAUGGCGUUGCAGAAGCAUGAGAGGUAGAAUCAGGGCAGAUCAGCAUACGCACAGACACUCAGGCGUGCAGACACAGACAGAGCGCUGGUGUUCUUUGCCUGCUCCGCUGGCUCACAGUGAACCUGUUCACCUUUGAAAUGCAUCUGUCUCUACUCGCGAUGCCAAAACACAGUAGAGGGACAACUUGGUCCUAUCAUUGUGCUUCAGAGACAUUCAUACUGAAGGUGAGGGGAGGGGUGUACAUACCGCGCCUUAAACUGGCAGUAUGAACAGAGCUUCUGGUGUCAAGCUUGUUGUUCUGUGAACCUCUCCUGUUUCUCCUCAGUAUUGCUUUUUUUGUCUCAAUAUGUGGCCGGUGUAUGUGGGAACUUUGACUUAUUUUUGCUAACAGGCUGAUGUUAGAUUUACCUGACUCCAUCUGAACCGGUGGUCCUUGUUUUUAAAAUAAGAGGUCAUAGAAAGCAGUUAUUGAUAAAUCAGGAUUAAGCUAGCCAGACAGUAUGCAAUUUUUGAAUGUUUUAAGCUACAGCAAAAUUAAUAGCUGGCUGAGUAGAGUGCAUCCACCUAUAUUCUCCCAUCUCUGACUCUUCUGUGUUUAUGAGUUCCUGUGCUCCUGCGUCUGUUCCCUUCUUUUAGUUCACAUUGGGGGGCUUUGAGGAGCUACAGGAGAUGAAGGUGCGAGGCCGGGAGCGUCUGAAUCUACCCCCUCUCCCUGAAGACAGCAUCAAGGUAGUCAGGGCCAUGAGAGCUGCCUCGCCUCCGGCCUCGGCCAUGGAGCUUAUUGAACAACAGCAGCAGCAGAAGAGAGGACGCCGCAGCCGCAGGGUACCGACCUCUGACCCACAAACACACAUACAUCACAAAUUCAGAGCUUAUCUAAAUGCUACCUCCACUAAUUGAAUCACGACUUACCUUUUUUUUAGAUGAACAAAGUUGCGUUCAUGUAAAAUUCCUUCUGUAACUCACCUUCUAACUCUUUACAAGGUCAGGUUCCUCCUCAAAGUCUUUUGCCAACAUCACUGGUUCUCUGUUGUAAGUCAGUGAUCCCAGAGAUGAAUCUGGCGUUGGGUUCGGCUUUGACAGUUCAAAGCCUGUUGUUUUUACUAAAGCUGUAGAGUGGAAAGGCUUUCUCUCUAAUUGCCCUCUGGUUUCUCAUUGCCCCUCUUCCUUGUGUCCCCACAGAGUGCCUUUGUUGAUAGCUUGGAAGGAGACAGUCCCUUUCCCAAGAAGCAGGUCUUUACCCACAAAUUUCCCUCCUUUUCCUUCUGCAUUUUCUCUCUGCAUUGAGCUGGAUUUAAAGCACUCCUCUCCCACCUCUCCCCUCCAACUUUUUCUUCUCUCUUUCCCCUCUUUUAUUCUCCUGUAAGAUAACCUCAUCAAGUCAUACCAUUGGUGCACUAAAAUCAACACAGACACAUUUGAUAUCACAGAUAUUUUACCUCUGCUGCAUAGUGUAAUGUUGACAUUAUUUUGGUGAACAAAGUCAGAUUUUAGAGUAUCCUUUACAACUCGUUUAUAACUCUUGGGAAAAACGUAGGUACCUCUCUGAAGAAAUAAAACAGAAACCAUCUUAGUGGUUUUGGUGGAUUUUAGAUAGUUAAAGGAAGAUAAGUUCCACAUUUGUUUCUAAUUGUUAAUUAUCCAAUUAUACAGAAAGUGCUCAUUUAGCUUAGCUUAGCACAGAAACUGGACACAGGGGAUAACAUGCAGCUUCACUCUGUCCAAAGAAAGAAAAAAUGACCAAUAAACUUUCAAAGCUAACCAACUUAAAUGUCACAGUGAAGAUUUCAAACUCAAGAGAGUAAUGGACAGACGUGCAAGUGCUAGGUCUUGGUUCAGACUGUGACUUCCUGAGGUCUAGAGUGGUUUCGAGGCUAUUUCAUGGUAACAGUAGUCUUAAAUAUAACCUGGUGUAUAGGCAUGAGAUUGGUAUUGAUUUUUUAAUCUAAUUGUCUCAAAGGAGAUGAAAUAACUGCUUUUCCCAAAGUGUGGAACUGCUCCUUUAAUUUAACCAUUUCACCUGCAUGUUUCCUUUCAUUUACCAGCAGUUUAUUUAUUUUGCCUUCCUCCGAUUUCUCCACCUCUCUCGACACUUCCCAAUGAUCUUUAUUUCCCUGAUGUUUUAUAUUCUUUUUCUUUUCUCUUAUUGCUUCUGUUCUCUUCAUUCCCUCUGUCUCUCUCUCUCUUUUUCCCAUCCUUUUUAAUAGUUUCUCUCCUGUCUCCCACCUCAUCAUCCAGCGACACCUCAUACUGCCCUCUCUGCCCUCCUCUUUCCCUCCUAUUACUUUCUUCUCUCUUUCUCCUCCUCUUCCUCUUUCCACUGUUCAGUACGGGGGGGCGGGGCUUGAGAGACAGGGCUGACUUGCUGGCUGUUAUCAUUGGCACCGGAGCGGUCACUGUGUACAGUCCCAUAAUGACGGUCACUUCAGGCAUCGACUGUAGUAGCAUCCCCUUGUAGUUUCAUCACAUUGCUGCUAGAGCUGGCCUCAAAAUCACCCUGCACUGUAGACUCUGGACUAGGGGUCAAUAACCUUAAAAUGCAUUCAUUGAGGAGGUGAAUUGAGAUCUUAAUGGACAUAUUUUCUCUUUCGUAGGGUUCAGGUUUCAGUUGAUCUCUCUCUUAAAUGGAUGUCAUUGAAAGCAGUUGUCCCCUAACCCUGAUAGAAAAACACUAGCUUUACCUCCCACACAGCGGCGAAUGGCUUCUCCAUAGAGAAUGGCUCUCAGCACAGUUUCACCUCUUCUACCCCUCUCCCUUCCUCCCUACCCUCCUCCUUAUUUCCCACCAUACACUCACUGUACUCCUCACUUAGUCCAGCAUUAGAACUAGUCUUGGCGCACCAUACAUUGACUGCACUAGCUCCACUAAUGUUGACUCAUGCCUGAUGCUUGCACUACUGCCACAGUCAUUCAUCAGAGAAGCUGUUUGAACUGAGAUCCUGUGCUUGUUGAUGUGGGAAUGUGUGUUCUGCACUUGAAUUGAAUAGCAUUUUCCAAAUGAUGGUAAAAGAAAAGUGUUACUGGACUUUGUUUGCAAAUGUUGUUGUCUUCCUAAGUGCAGAUGUGUGGUAAGUUCAAUCAGUGAUUCUGCUUGUGGGUGUCAUGGAAAGCUGUCUCUUUUCUGCCUUUUGGAGUAAAUGUCAUGUCAGUGUGGUGGCUCUUACAGGGUUUGCUCAUGUGUUGUUUGAGAAUGUGGCUGAACUUUUAUAAACUUUUAUUUUAAAAAAAGUGUUAGAAGGAGGGAGAUAUGGAGUCUGAUUUUAUGCUAACCCUACGGCUAGAGCUGAGUCAGUGUAUGUUAGCUUAAAAUGAAAACAGAAAAACCAACAGGCUGGUGUAGGAGUUAGUUAAAACAACAAGCUGCCUUUCAUAUUCGGUUAUUUUCUUAGGAUUAAAAUUGUUUCGAAACGUGUUUUUAGGGUAGCUUUAGAUAUUCAGUCAGAUAGUUUCUCUAUAUCUUUGACAAAACCAGGAUUUGAGCUUUUUAUCCUGUUUUGAUGUAACUCAAACUCCACCAUGGAUGCAGGCUCAUAAAGUUGUCAUAUAGGAGAAGGAUUUCAACUUAAACAUCCAACUCCUCACAAAAAACAUUGGUAAAGUGAAUCUGUUUAUGCUUUAUUCUUUACCCUCAACAGAAAUUUAUUCGUAGUCAGCUAACAGCGUGUUUUCAAUGAGGGAACUAUCCCUUAUAUCAAAAUUAACUCUUGCCGUAGCUUUCUGACCAGAUACUUCAUCUCUCAGCAGCACAUUCACUACUGCACUAUUUAUGCAUUGGCACAGAAAUAAAGAAAUAUCUGAUUGUGAAUUUUUUUAAAGUUCUGUGAAACUUUUUGACAGUGUUCUUGAUAAAAGCUGAGACAUCACUGUUGAUCCAAAAAUGCCUGCUGAGGUAGAGGUGUUCGUUAUACGAGUGAUAUUUAUGCAGUGGGGUUGAGUCAUUUAUGAUUAUUUACAGCUGGAUUUUCCUUCAUUUCCAAACCAGAACAGGCUCACCUCCCUCCUGUGUGUAUUUAGAGGUAAUGUACCUCCUGACUAACCUAACAUUUGACCACCCGUCCCCUCCCUCUCUCUCUCUCAGCCUCUGGUGAAGCAGGACAGCCUGGACACUUACAAUGAGCGCGACCCUUUCAAAAACGAUGACGCCCGGGAUGAAGAGGAGGACCCUGAAGACACUGACAGCGGCAUUGAAGGGGAGGUAGACCCCUUAGACCGGGAUGUCAUCAUCCAACCUCCGCCUCCUCCGCCUCCCCUCAGACCCCCCACAGAGAGGGUUAACUUCCCCAAGGGCCUCCCAUGGGCCCCUAAAGUCAGGUUAAUUGCAGUUUUUAUUAUUGUGCUCCAUUUAUUAACCAUGUAAACACCUCUAAAAUGAUAAAAACAAAUAUGAGUGUCAAUAUUUAAAAGUUGAAGUUAUAACUGUGCCAAAAAUGGAAGAAAAGAUACCUUAAACUGACAGGACUCGUGGUACCUGCUCAGGCCUAAAUGUCAGGAAAAUACACUAAAGCACAGAAAAUGCUCAAAAUCAACAUUCAAAACAGCUCAGACCUUUCUAUAAAAUAAACAACAACUCUCAUCACUUAAGCUGAUACAAAAAUAUGUCUGCUGAAUUUUACAUGAGCUCAAACCUCCAAUGAUUGUUGGCCACCUGCCAUUUUGACCACUAAAGUGGAGAAAACUUCCCACCCACAGCCUGGACUUCAUACCAUUUGGCAGGCAGCUGGUGUCAGUUUUCCGCCCGGAUCCUGUGCCACCGCUUGCAAACUUGGGACAAAAUUAGAAAACUCGUGCUCAGUUUUCCCUCCUUACUGUUAUCUCACAAUGAGCUCUCCAUCUGUGUAUCCCAGAAAGUAGCAUGUGUGUCCACCCAGGGUGCUGCUGUCUCUGCUUUAGAGCCAUGAAUAAUGCAUCGGAGAGAGCACAUAAACACUUCAUAGCAGUGGAUUUAUCAUGCAGAAAACCCGCUGUUCCUCCAGCCAAACCAUCAUUAAGUGAGUUUGAAUCAGGGCGCUGUAACACACCAGGCUGAUAAAGUGUCAAUCAGGAGGAGGCUGUGAACCCUUCAUUCAGUGUGACUGAUGAGAUUUAAGAAGGCUGAUGCAGUGUUUUCUGCUCCUGCGCUUGUUUGUGUGGGUGUGCACUCACAUGCAGGGGCCUCCUUUGGAAAUGACUGUUUAAUAGCUUGUUGAUGAGCAGAGUUGUUGCAGCAGGCGUCCUCCAAUGAAUCACAUAUCCGACUGUUGUCUGUCUGUGUGUGCACAGGGAGAAAGAUAUCGAGCACUUCCUGGAUACAAGUAGGAACAAAUUCAUCGGCUUUACCUUGGGAAAGUAAGUGUUUUAUGUGAGACCAUAAAAUAUCCUUCCAGCAUUUUCUUCUCUCUGUGCGGUCUGACUGUUCAUUGUUUUAUAGUGAUAUCGACACCCUUGUGGGCUUGCCAAGACCCAUCCAUGAGAGCGUUAAGACUCUUAAACAGGUGAGUGGGGACACCUCCUUCACUGAAGAACUCUCAGUCAGACCAUUGAGAUGCUCACGCUGUAAAAUCAGACAGAAAAACAGAGGGAGCAAGAAACGAGUCAAAAGAAGACCAAAGUUUGAUCUUUGGUUGAUUAGUUAUAAGUAUGUCUCACUUUGAAGAUGAGGAAAUCAAGGAGGAACAGUUUAAUUGGCAUAACAACCCACUCAAUCCCUCAUAUAACCUUUAGAGGGUGAGAAGAGAGUUGAAGCUUGUAGAGGCUUUGCUAGUCUGAGUGCUUAUUUCCUCUUAUUUCCUUUAGAUGUAGCUUUUUUGGUAACACUUUAUUUGACGCCUAUCUCUGUAACGCAUUAUAGAUACACGUAUAAUGUGUAAUAAUCAUGUUAUAGCACUGUAUAACUAUAGUUAAACACUCAUAAAUGAUCAUAAUGCUUUAUUGCAAGAAUCAUCACACAUUACAAAGCAUUUUGUCAUGACUUAAAGGUCAGGUAUUAUAAUGUGUUAUAACUGUUAACAAGUCAUUGACAAUACCCACAUAGAUGAUGCAAUGCAACUGGUGUUAACAGUUAUAACACAUUAUAAUACCUGACCUUGUAAGACAUAAUAAAAUGCUUUUUAAUGUGUUAUGAUUAUUGCUAUAAAGCAUUAUGAUCAUUUAUGAGUGUCUGUAACUAUAGUUAUACAGUGCUAUGACGUGAUUAUAAUGCAUUAUACAUAUAUUUAUAAUGUGUGAUAGAGAUAUGAGAUUUUUAUAUGAAGAAAGCAUAAUUUAAACACCUUGUGCUGACAUUUUUAUUAAGUUCCAUUGGAGUCAUAUUUGAAGUAGGUGUUAAAUAAAAUGAAGUAGCCUGUGGUGAGGCUGUUUUGAGCUAUGCCAGGAAGAUCUUAAUGCCUUCUUUACUUAGACCAUCAUAGAUAUAUCUGAGAUGGACUGAUCUGAAUGCUGCACUGUUGCAAAACUCCCAGUUUAUUAGAUGUCUAAAUUUACAUAGAAGGCCAGAAAACAUAUUCAUCAUCCUCUAGGCUUUUCAUGUUCCCUCCAGCCACAUGGCGUGGCAUCAGUUUAUUUAAAAUUCUGUUCAGAGGUGGUGACUCAGCGAAUCAGGUUUUCUCCAACGGUGGUCUCUCCAGGUUCCAGUGUUUGUUUAGGACAAGUUAGUUUCCAAUGCAUUCAGCCACCUUACUUCCCUUAUUUCAACAGUCUGUGCUCCUCAGUGUCCUCCUUCUUUCUCUCCUUAUUUUGAGUUCAUUAAGUCUGGAGUGUUUUCUAAUCAAUACUCUCAUUCCUGAACCCCCUGACUCUGACUUUCCACUUAAAAAUAUAUUCAUCCAAUUUGAGCAACCAGUGAAGUGGAGUUACAUUGAAGGAAAGUCCUGCUGGGUGACAGAGUUACAAAUUCACACUUCUUCUAACACCUUCCUUAUAUAUAAAUAACGUGUCAUUCUCUUCUUUCCCCAGCACAAAUACGUUUCCAUUGCUGAGUUGCAGAUCAAAAGGGAGGAUGAGCUGCAGCAGUGUCCGCUUACUUUGGUCAGUAAUGUCAACACAACUUUUAAAAACCCAAAUAGGACACCAGAGUGUACGAAAGAGGAUUAGGGCCACAAGAAGAGAAAAAAAUAAUUACAGGAGGAAGUUUUUUUUAAUUACAUUUCAAGAUUGAAGUCAAAAUUUAAAAAAGGCGAAUUAAAAAAAAAUUAAAAUUUCAAGAUUAAAAUUUAUUACUUUGAUCUCAACAUUUUAUUUUUUUAGCUUGAAAUUCUGACAUUAUUCAUAACAUUUUGAAAUCUCAAAAUUUAACUUUAAUCUCCUUCCUGUAAUAUUUUUUUUCUCUUCAUGUGGCCCUAAUUCUCUUUCGUAAGAAUGUGACACAGAUUUAUUAAGUGAAGAUUAGUUUUGAUUUGUACUAAACAAGGUUCUUUCUUUCUGUAAUAUUAAAAUUGAAUUCAUCCACUAUACGUAAUGUGAGCCUCCCUCUCUCUGUUUUUCAUGUCAUGUAGGGAGAAGAGGAGGUGGAGGAGACACCAACAGAGAUGCUGUACUUGGGCAUGCUUCCAAAUCUCUCCCAGUAUGUGGUGAGUAGCUCGUAACAUGUUCCUGACUGGCUUUGUCACCUCUUUAAUUUUUACCUUGAUUCACACUACCCUAAAAACUCACCAUAGAUUCACUUUGCUUUAUAGAACUGAGGGAAAAAAAAGACUUGAGUUUUUCCCAAUUUGUCCCUGCAUGACCAAAUCACAUAUCGUCAUGAAAUAGAUCCCAUGCUGGGCUUGUGUGUCAUAUUUUGCACUAUUUCCUGUGUCAGAUUGCUCUCCUGAAGCUGCUUCUGGCUGCAGCUCCAACCUCCAAAGCCAAAACUGACUCCAUUAACAUCUUAGCUGACGUGCUGCCUGAGGAGAUGCCGUAAGUACUGAGGAUCAGUGCUGCAGGAUGAAUAUUAAGUAUCUUCUUCUCAUUGAGAGGUUUUUAUGCAGAUGGGUUCAGAUCCAGCAGUUGAAAAUACUAUUGAAUAUUCCUGUGGAUUUCACUACAGUCAACAUCUGAUUUUAUUAAGCUGUUAUUCACCAAAACCAAGAUGCAAGAUUCCCGCCCUGCUUUUACAUAAGCAGUCCAGUUUACAGAUUACAAGACCCAUUCAUGUGUGUGUUUUUUCUUAUUUUAAAUCUGAAACUCUAUUCCGCCUGUCAUUUCUGAGCUUAUAAAAUAACACGAGUGUGAAAAAUACACUGUUCUUUUCAGUCUUUAGUAUGGCCUAGUUUUUGACUGUCUGACACAUCACAGAGCUAAAAGACACUUUCCCUGUGGAGAGAAGAGCAAAAACCAUCCAACUGAAAACAUUCAUAACCCUGUCUGACAUUUCUGUUCCUUCAAUCUGUGUUUUUUUUUCAGCUUUUUGAUGCUGCACACUUUUAUUAGGCUUGGCUGAAAAAAAAAAUGAAAGCGUCAUCAGAGAGUAACACCAAUAUUUGAUUUAGAGAGGGAGUGAACAGUGUUUCUUUUCUUUUACUGAGACAAAGCUGUAUUUAUGUUAGAGAUUCAAGACCUUGCAGUGUGUGUGUAUGAGUGUGUGUGUGUGUUCACGGCUGUGUUUGUCUUCCAGUAUCACCGUCCUUCAGAGCAUGAAGCUGGGGAUUGACGUGAACCGUCACAAGGAAAUCAUCGUCAAGGCCAUCUCUGCUCUGCUGCUGCUUCUCCUCAAACACCUUAAACUCAACCACAUUUACCAGGUUACACACUCUUAUUCUUGCGCACACACACACACACACUCCUGUCUCUUCUGUAACCUCCUCAAAUCAACAUCUCCCUUUCUCUUUCUCUUACACUAUUCUUCUCUUUUUCUAUCUUCCCGCCCCCCUCUCUCAAACUCACUCUUAACAGUGCACCUCCCCCCAUUUCUACCUCUAUAACCCUCCACCUGAUUAGCCGGUCAACCAUUUCAUUUCUGUUUCCCCCACCCCCACUGUUGAACCUUCAUCACCCCCCACUCACACACACACCUUACAACCUUCUAUUACACUCAUGGAUAUGUAUUUAUCAUGGUGUGCACAGAAAUCAGGUUGAGAGACAGCAUGUGAACCAAAAAAGCCAUUUUUUGUACUACUUAAUAAUCUAUUGUGCUUCAGUUCAGGAAGGGACAUUCCUUCACUCGUAUUAUUGACAGUAUUGUAAGUCAUAGUGGUAGCGCCCUCUGCUGCGACAAGAGAAGAUUACAUUUGGCAGCAUUAGGUUGCCAAAUCUCAACUCCCAAACCACACUUUCAUAAGGAACCAUCCUUUAUUAAAAAUCAAUAAACCCUGACAAUAAGGGCAGAGUUUUAAACAAACCGCUGUCAGUGAAACACAAAAAUAUGAUCAAAUGAUGGAUUCAGCAGCAGAGUUAUUCUGUUUUAAUCUUGGGAAAGCUUCUUGGAUGAGUCCAAGGAUUUGUUUAGAAUUGGACCUAAUUCUUGACCUUUUCCUUAAAUAGAAAAAUUAAUCAAUGAUGCUGGAUUAUCAACCUCAGGAUUAUAUUCCCUUCCUCUGUUAGUUUCCCGUUGUGGAUUUUCCUCUCUUGCAUUUGUCAUGUCAGCAUCCUCAUCUAUCAGCCUUCAUCUGUUCGCCUCUCUGUCUCUUUAAGUGUUGUAACUGGUUUCUUUGUUGUUAUAUUUACUCUUCUCCAGACUGUCAGGCGUUUUAACUUUCCUUACUGCUGCCUCCUCUUUUUCCUGCAGUUUGAGAUCGUCUCCCAGCACCUAGUGUUUGCCAACUGUAUCCCACUCAUCCUUAAGUUCUUCAAUCAGAACAUCAUGUCUUAUAUCAGUGCCAAAAACAGGUAGGAUCUUCUCCUUUUACUAAACACUCCCUCACCCACACACUCAACGCUCACAAUGUUUUUGUUCUCUGACCAAAAACAAGCACGAUUUGAUGUUAACAUACAAGAUCUGUAACAUUGUGUUUCCAGUUUUGAUAUUUGGUCCUACUGUAUCCCCACGUAUUAAGUGCAUGGCUGUAUUACUACAUACAGUAGGAUUCUGGGAGGUUGAACAGAUGGCGUCACAGCAGCAAUGCAGUGACAGGAGGUUCAGGUGUGAAGGCAAUGAGGUGAUCUGGGGUGAAAGGACCCUGCCAGUCUGUUGUAGUUCAGGUGCUGACUGCAGUGCUGUAGUAAUGUAGACUAAACUGUUUACACUGUGACUAAAAAUCUGUCUGUGUGUGUUUUCACUGCAGCAUAUGCGUGCUGGACUUUCCCCACUGUGUGGUCCAUGAGAUGCCUGAGCUCACCGCAGAGAGCCUGGUGAGUGAAACACUGUCAACCUGACAACUGAUGAUCCUCACUGGAGGAAACCCAGCAUCUAACUGAAGUAGUUCAUGCUGUGAUAAGAACCUCAGUGUGUACGUAUGUCUUGUUUUGCAGGAAGCAGGAGACAGUAAUCAGUUCUGCUGGAGAAACCUGUUUUCUUGUAUCAAUUUACUGAGAAUAUUGAACAAACUCACCAAGUGGAAACACUCCCGGACAAUGGUGAGUGAAAGUCCCUGUAUAACUUUGAGUCUGAGUGUUUUUUUCUAUUUGCUUCAUCUAUCUGCAUCAGUUUUUGGAGGCAACUGGGGACAGAUACAUUUCCCUGUUAUGGACUGGAAUAUUUCCCUUAGCAGUGAUCAGCUACUCUGUGUAAAAUUUGACUAAAACCUAACACAAAAGUUAAAGAAGAGCAGAUCCCACUGUCUACUGUGGUCUUUUAAGAGAUAAGAUAUUCCUUUAUUUGUCCCACAAGGGGAAAUUCCGAUUUUAUAGUGAGUUAGAUUCAGGGUAGAUGCUUUUAAAGGUUGAAACUACUGAAAAAACUAUCUUGACACUCCCUCUGCAGAUGUUGGUGGUGUUCAAGUCCGCCCCCAUCCUAAAGAGAGCUCUGAAGGUGAAGCAGGCCAUGAUGCAGCUCUACGUUCUGAAGCUGCUAAAGAUCCAAACUAAGUACCUGGGCCGCCAGUGGAGGAAGAGCAACAUGAAGACCAUGUCAGCCAUCUACCAGAAAGUCCGCCACAGGCUCAACGAUGACUGGGCCUACGGAAACGGUAAACAGACACAAAGAAAAAGAUUUAUGAAGGUUCAAAUUGUUCACUUGGAGCUCGUCUCAGCGAACAUCACAUCACCUUGUACCUCUAUACCUCUAAACCUUUCAGAGCUUCUUUAUAUCAACAGAAAUGUUAAUGUAAGCACAGUGUGAUAAAAAAGUAACAAAUACAUAGUUAAAAUCCAUUUGAUUCUAUGAACCAAAUAGCUCUGUUAGACUGAGGAAAACCCCUUAGCUCACGGCUUGGUGGGUGUAUAAUAGGGCUGUCAAAAUUGCUCCAAAAUGGCGUUUGAAUAUUCGCUCUAAAAAUAACACAUAGGUUCGAACAUAUUCAAAUAUCUAUCAUUUACUUCCCCUCAUAUCUAUCAUUUUUUCCAUCUACCGUGUCUGCCCAAAAUCCGAACAAUUCCCAAACUGAGCUUCUUAAGUUCGUUGGAGUCCAGACCACUCUCUCUGAGUUUGGCUCAGAACAAAUACAUAGUUAAAAAUCCAUUUGAUUCUAUGAACCAAAUAGCUCUGUUGUUUUCCCUCUCCGUUUUUUCCCGCUGUUAAUUUAAUAUUCGAAUAUUAAUUUCACAUGUGCUGUAUAAUGAAGAAGAGCUAAUAUUAAUGUUAAUAAGCAACAAAUGAAUAGCUCAGAUGUGUUCUCUUAUCUAAAGUGUUGCCAACAGCAGCAGCUUCAUAGUUUUUUCAGUAUUUGAUGUGAAGAUCCUCCAGCCUCCUAACACCAAAGAAGGUCCAGCAAAUCAAACAGUAGAGACUCAAGAAUGAUCAAGGAACUUCAUAAAUAUUUCCAAAAAGAAAAUUUCAAAUAAAUAAGAGGUUUAAGUUCAAAAUAAAUCUCCCAAUUACUAUAAAAAGUAAAAAUAAUAAGGACACCACACAAAAGGAGAACAGCAAAACAAACGUGUUUUUUUUUUUCUGCAUUAGUCUGAACAUUUAAACUGACAUGGUUUACAACCAGCUGUUUUCUUUCUUACACUCUUUUCAGAAAAGACCUUAUGAUAACAGAAUAAUCCCCUGUGUAACAAACCUACCGUAUGCUUCAUGGGUGCCAGAAAGAGGGUGGAGUUAUAAACUAUUGACAUGUGCCACUCUAAAAUAAACUGCAGCACCUUCAUUUGGCUUUUUGGCUCUCAGAGCACACUGGUCCCUUAGUCAUAAUGUCUUGGAUCCACAAUUCUCGCUCCUGUUUGUCUUCCACAUCCUCCAAAAAAACAGUCAUGGAGACAGUUAGCAGCAUCAGUCCUCGUGUGGCCUCACACAGAGCUUAUUAAUAGAACAGAGACUGCAGUAUGAAAAGCGUGUUUCCCUGAGGCUCUGCUGGUGUGACAUUUUAGAUGAACCAGUUGUUAUUGUUACUCUUUCAUUAAAUUAUAUGGCCUCAUGCGUGUGUCUGUGUAUCAGUCUGUAUUAUGACCGUACAGUGUGAAAUACUGUCCUCCAACAGCCAAUUGUGAACGGUGGAGUGUGUUGCCAUAGCAACAGCAAAAGGAGGGACUGUUCAGGGUCAUGGUCCCUUGUGGGAGAGCAAGUGAUCUGUCACCAUGAGUGUUAAGAGAGAAAAGAGGAUUGUGAGGGAGAAUAAAAAGGAGGAAUGGUGGAAGAUGUAGAAAAUAUUAAAGUGCGUUCACAUUUUUAAAUUUAUUUAGACACUUUAAUAUCUUCUCUUUUUGAAUCUCCAGACAUCGAUGCUCGACCCUGGGACUUCCAGGCAGAAGAGUGCGCCCUACGAGAGAGCAUCGAGAAGUUCAACAGCCGCCGUUACGACAAGAACCGAAAUGGAGAGUUUACACCUGUUGACAACUGCCUGCAGAGUGUGCUGGGUCAGCGUGUGGACCUGCCAGAGGACUUCCACUACAGCUAUGAGAUGUGGCUGGAGAGAGAGGUGUUCUCUCAGCCCAUCCAGUGGGAGGGGCUGCUGCAGAAUCCCUGA